AUGCGGCGGGCGCGGGCGCUGCGCCGCCGCGGAGCGCUGCUCGCCUGCAUCUCCCUGGGGACGCUGCUGGCCCUCGCGGACGCCAAGGGCUCCUUCUACCCCCCCGCCGCCCCCCUGCCCUACGGCGGCAGGUACAGCCUCUACACGGCCGGCUCCAGCCCGCAGCUCGGCCCCGGCAAGCCCGUGGGCAAGCACAAGAGCUACUGUGCCUACGUGGUGCAGCGCAACGUGACGUGCACGCUGCAGGACGGGGCCGAGAGCUACGUCAAGGCCGAGUACCACAAGUGCAGCUGGGGACCCAAGUGCCCGGGGAAAGUGCUGUACCGCACGUUCUUCAGGCCCAGAUACAAGAUCGGAUUCAAGACAGUGACCGAGCUGUCCUGGAGGUGCUGCCCAGGCUUCAUGGGAGAAGGGUGCCACGACAGCCCCACCGACCAGCCCGGCCUCCUGCCCCAGCAUCCCAGCCCCAAAAUGCCUCCUGGGCAAAACAUGUUUCCGAUGCCCAGACUGCCUCCCUAUCCAAAAAGCCACCCUGACCUGUUUCCAGGACCGAAGAAGAAUCAGUAUGGCAGGAAGCUGCCAGGCCUCUUUGGGGACCGCCUGGAUCGGCUGGAGGAAGAGGUGAGGCGCCUGUCCCAGUCCUACGACAGCCUGCACAGCAUGGUGAGCGGCCUGGGGGACCGCCUGCGCCUGGCCAUCCAGGAGGACACCACCAAGAUGAUCGGCUCCCUGAUGAACAGCCCGGGCACGCCCGACUCCACGGUCGGCUUCGGCAUCAUUCCCGACGGGCUGGUGGACGUGGCGGACAAGGCCGACGUGGCCACGUACCCGCCCGUGGGGGAGAUCCUGACCAAGGUGACGGAGGUGAGCGACGUGCUGAAAACCAAGGCGGAUCUGCUGCACGAGGUGCAGGGCAUGGUCCUGGACCACGACGGGCACAUCAAGCACCUGCUGGAGGCCGCCCGGCCCUCGCCCCUCACCUCCAUCGACCUGCUGGAGGAGUACGUGGACACGAGGCUGAGCAACCUGCGCGGGGAGCUGCUUGACGGCUUCGAGAAGAAGCUGGGGAAGAUCCAGACCACGUGCGACUUCCGGAUCCAGGAGGUGCGGCAGCAGUGCGAGGAGGAGAAAGCUGCCAACCUGCGGCUGCAACAGACGCUGGACGGGAAGGAGCUGGAGAUCAAGAAAGAGAUCUCCCAGCUGGAGACCCAGAUCCAAGGGCUGACCGUGGUGGAAAGCUGCUGCAGCAACCUGGACUACCUCACUGAUCGCAUGAACAUCCUCGAGAAAGGCCUUCACAGCAUCUCCGAGUCCCAGAAGAACUUGCACUCACGGCUGGAUGGAGAAAUCUCCACUGUCACCCUAGGGAACCUCUUUGAAGGGCGCUUUGAGGACCUGGAAGCCAGGCUCAAUGCUACAGAGAGGGAAACGGGGAGCUGCUGCUCCGGGAUAGAGGACAGCGUGAGGGGCACGGUGGUGGCAGAGGUGGAUGGCAUGAGGACUGCCUUUGAAGACAAAAUGCAGACCCUGGAGGACAGGUUCAUGACCAUCGUGGGGGAGCUGAACAAUGCCAGUUCUCCCGCAGGAAUGGAUGGAGCGGUGGUGCCCGUGCUGGAGGGCGAGCUCGCCAGCAUGAGGAGACGCACGGACGAGGCACUGGAGGGGCUCCAGAAUCGCCUUGUCACGCUGGAGAGCACCUGUUCCCUGGGCUGCACCUCUGCCUCCAAAGACGUGGAGACCUUCCGGACGGAGAUUGAAGACUGCCAGAGCAAGAACCAGGACCUGCUCCUGCGGAUGGACAGCAACUACGACCUCCUGCGCAAGCUGAACGCCACCAUCCUGGAGAUCCAGCGGCGAAUCGAGGAGGAAGCGGCGGGGGCUCUGCAAGGGGAGAUCACCUUGCUGAAGAUCAACCUGAACACUGUGAGCAAGUCUCUGACGGGGCUCAAGGACUCCGUCUCCCAGUACUCGGAUACCGUGACACACGUCAACUCCUCGCUGGACGAGCACGAGCGGAAGAUCGAGGACGAGGUGCACUCCAUCCAGGAGAGAGUCAACGACCAAGGCUCCCAGCUCUUCUUCAGCAACCGGCGCAUCCUGAACCUCAAGGGAGACCUGGAGCGACUGAAAGCCAGGAUUGUCAGCGACCUGAGCUCCUGCAAGAACGUGGCCCACGACCUGCAGCAGGAGAUCUCCCACUUCGACGAGCGGGUGGCCCGGGUGGAGAGAGCCUGCGGCCGGCUGGGCGUCCUCACAGGGAGCCUGGACGACAUCAGGAAGGAACUGGAGAAACACACGGGCAGUUUGUGGGACUACAUGGACCACAUGAACGGGACACUGGCUGCCCACUCUCAGGAAAUAACAGGACUGAAGGACAACCUGCUUGACUGCCAAGCCAAGGUCUCUGAGCUGGCAGAACAGGUCGGGCACUUGGAAGAGAAGGUGGAGGGGAGGCAGCAUUAGCCACACUGCCAUGUGUGCCUUCCUUCCCCCCCUGCGAAGGACAGGAUUAACUUAUAUCACACAGACUCGCUCCAAUGUGACAACAGUUCGUGGGAUAAUUUUUUUAAUGAAAAGCUGCUACUUUUUCUUUUUUUUUUUCCCCCUUCAUCUUGUU